CGGUUCCUCUUGCAGAUCAGCUGACUGGUACUGCUGUCAGGAGCUCACGAACUGUACUGAAUGGCAACUAUGAACGCUGUCAAGCUAUAGAAACACUAUAAACACCUUUAUUUUCACUAACAACUGUAACGUUUUAAUACCCCGCUUCCUCGAGCUGCACCAGUGCUGGAAACAUGACAGAGUUUUGGUUGAUCUCUGCACCGGGAGAUAAGACCUGCCAGCAAACAUGGGACAAAAUGAUGGCAGCCACCACGCGUACCAACAAUCUCUCCACCAACCACAAGUUUAACAUCCCAGACCUCAAGGUUGGGACACUGGAUGUCUUGGUCGGGCUGUCGGAUGAACUGGCCAAAUUAGAUUCCUUUGUUGAAGGUGUGGUGAAGAAGGUGGCCCAGUACAUGGCUGAUGUGUUGGAGGACAGCCGGGACAAAGUGCAGGAGAACCUACUGGCCAAUGGAGUUGAUCUUGUCACCUACAUUACAAGAUUUCAAUGGGAUAUGGCAAAAUAUCCCAUAAAACAGUCCCUUAAAAACAUCUCUGAAAUCAUCUCAAAGCAAGUAACUCAGAUUGACAAUGACUUGAAGACCAGAGCAUCAGCGUAUAAUAACCUGAAGGGAAACUUGCAGAACUUAGAAAGGAAGAAUGCGGGGAGCCUGUUGACCAGGAGCCUGGCUGACAUUGUCAAGAAGGAUGAUUUUGUACUUGAUUCAGAGUACCUCAUCACUUUGCUGGUCGUCGUACCAAAGACGGGAUACUCUGACUGGCAGAAAGCAUAUGAAACGCUUGCUGAGAUGGUGGUCCCACGGUCUUCACAUCUGCUAUUUGAAGACAGUGACAGUGGGCUGUUCAGUGUCACUCUGUUCAGGAAAGCAAUUGAUGACUUCAAACACAAAGCUAGAGAGAACAAGUUCACGGUAAGAGACUUUCAGUACAAUGAAGAGGAGAUGAAGGCAGAUAAAGAAGAGAUGACACGGCUCUCCACAGAUAAGAAGAAGCAGUUUGGUCCACUUGUCCGGUGGCUGAAAGUGAACUUUAGUGAAGCCUUCAUUGCAUGGAUUCACAUUAAAGCACUACGAGUCUUUGUGGAAUCUGUUUUAAGAUAUGGGUUGCCUGUGAAUUUUCAAGCCAUGCUCCUGCAGCCAAACAAGAAGACCAUGAAGAAGCUGAGGGAGGUGCUCAAUGACCUGUACAAACAUCUGGACAGCAGUGCAGCAGCUAUCAUUGAUUCUGCAAUGGACAUCCCAGGCCUGAACCUGAGCCAGCAGGAAUAUUAUCCUUACGUCUACUACAAAAUCGACUGCAACCUGCUGGAUUUCAAAGUUUAACACUUUAACUGAUCGUUUGUCUUUCUGAGUGUCUAUUAAGUUAUGUUUUUUCUUCAUCGGUCAAACCUCCGCCUCCUCCCACUCUCUCUCUCUCUCUCCCCUCCUUCGUCAGCUGCUUGAAUGACAGAGCUGCAUGUUCAUUCCUUGUGGUGAAAAGGCUUCAACCACUUUUACAACCAGGGCAAAAAAAACCAACUUUUGAAA